CCGAUUUCUCACUAUGGGAUGAACGCGUCAGUGUUAACUUUGCCUUUUCAGGAUGAGCCGCAGAGUACAAAGCUCACGGCGUCAACAACAUGUCUAACUUUAUCCUGGGUCUAGACGUGGGUACCACUUCUGUAAAAGCCGUUUUAUUAGAAAAAGGUUCCAGAAAUGUGGCAGCGAGUCACUCAUUACCUACGGACUCUGAUGUACUCGACAGCAGCGGGAUAAAGGCGAAAGAACAGGACACCGGUCUGAUCAUAGACGCCGUGAACCGAUGCAUCGGCCUGCUGCCCAGAGACAAACUGCAGCGUGUCUGCAGCAUCGGACUGUCCGGUCAGAUGCACGGGAUUUUAUUCUGGAGGGCACAGAGCGGUUGCGACUGGUCCAACAGGGACUUCUUCAUUGCCAGGGACACCAGUCAGCUGAUCACCUGGCAAGAUGGACGCUGCAGCAGUGACUUCCUGUCCUCUCUUCCAAAACCAGACUCACACCUCAGCGUAGCAACUGGGUUUGGCUGCGCAACGAUCUUCUGGUACAUGAAGCACAGGCCCGAGUUUCUAGAAGGCUUCACAGCUGCAGGCACCAUCCAGGACUAUGUGGUGUCCAUGCUGUGCGGGUUGGACCGCUGUGUGAUGACGCCUCAGAAUGCAGCCAGCUGGGGCUUCUUCAACACUUCAUCCAGUCAGUGGAACGAAAACGUUCUGAAGGGUGCCGGCUUCCCUUUGCACCUCCUUCCUCAGUGUGUGCCAUCUGGUGGCUUGGCGGGACAGACAUGCUCUGAAUGGCAUGGCAUCCCUGCUGGUACGCCAGUAGGGGCCGCCCUGGGAGACUUCCAGUGCUCUGUCUACUCCUGCAUGAGCACGCAGACAGAUGCAGUCCUGAACAUAAGCACCUCAGCCCAGCUGACCUUCACCAUGCCAGCUGACUUCAAACCACCACAUUCUCCUCAGCCCACCUCGCCCAUCUCUUACUUUCCUUACUUUGAGUCCACGUACUUGGCCGUGGCGGCGUCGCUGAACGGGGGAAACGUUCUGGCCACUUUUGUGGAGAUGCUGACUUCCUGGAUGAGAGAACUUGGCGCAGAGCCGAGUGAGUCGAACUUAUAUGAGAAGCUGAUUCAGAGCGCCCUAAAUCAAGAAACCAGCGACCUGAGGGUGAAUCCUACCAUCCUGGGAGAGAGACACAACCCCCUCUGCCUGGGCCAGGUGACCAACAUCUCCAGCUCCAAUGUCUCCCUGGGUCACGUGAUAAGGGCACUGUGCCACGGAGUCAUCACCAACAUCACGUCCAUGAUGCCUGCAGAGUGUCUGCAGCAGGCAGGGGUCAGCAGGAUCGUGGGCAGCGGGAGUGCACUCGCUCGCAAUGAGGUGCUAAGGCAGGAGGUGGAGAAGGCGUAUCCCCAGCAGGUGGUGUACGGACAGAACGCGGAUUCGGCCAUCGGCGUGGCCAUGGUGCUGUGUGACCGACUUUGAACGGGAGUCACAACGCCACGGAGGAAUCCUAAUUUGUUUACACGAUUAAUUGAGAAUUUUGCACAUUUCUGAUUUUGUUUUAUUGAAUAAUACCGCUCUGGUAAAAAAUCUAAAGACAUGUGGUACUUUAAUUCAGUGGAGGGAAAAAGCAGAAGUCUGUUUGCCUAAGCAUGGAUAAUAAUGGACCAAAAGACAGCAACCACUAAAUAAUAACUAUACGCUGAGUGCCACAAAUAUUUCAUUGUGAUUGAACAGCUAAGAGCAAUUAUCUGGCCCACUCCAGCUCUGCUGCCGGAUGUCUCGUGGUUUCUUUGACAGGGUAUUUUGUUUGUUGCCUUUUAGAUUUAAAGAGGCUUAAUCCAUAGAUGAUGUGUGAGAGAUCAGUUUGUUUCUUCUUCCUUUAUGAAAAUGAAGUUCAUACUACUGUGACUCUUUGGACUAGCUAGGCCCAGUGAACCUCACAUGGUUACUAAUUGUUUCAGUUAUCAUUAAGUCAAACAGGCCAUAAAUAAAAAGAUAAACUGAUCUUAAAUGGUGAUAAACAUAGCAGGUAGGUAUACCUCAGCCAGUUAGUGUGUUUUAACCACACUAACACAUUUUUGUAUUGAACGGCUAUAACGGUGUAAGAGCUUAAAAACGUAUCUUGUCAAAUGUAUACGCUGACUCUGACCUGAACACAGCAUUGGAUGAUUAAUAAUAGUCAGCUGCAGUGUGGUGAACUACCUUUGUGACUUUCUGCGUGCUAAAACUGCAUCUUCGCUUCCUGCACUAGAUCCAGAAGCAUUUCAAGUGACAGAGCCUUUAAGAUCGGAGGUGAAACAUUGGCUUUUGCCCUUGUAGUAUUUGUCUUUGUAACAACACAUACCCUGACCUGGUAAUUCAGUCAUCAGAGACUAACCUUUUCAUUGUUCGGAGCCAGAGUGGACACAUUUCUAUCACUGUCAAAGCCAAAUGAUUCCAAUGAUCUAUAAACCACUGCCCUUUCCCUGUAUUUUCUCCUUUUUUCUUACUUUGGCUGCUAUAGAAUCUGACAGCUCUACAUACUUUAUAGGGUCAUGCGGAGGUGUGGGUCUGUUUUCCUUGUGUUUUUGAAUGCAACUUAUUGCAAGACAAUAAGGUUUCACUUCCAGAUUCAACGCCGCUCCCUCUGUUCAUUCGCUUGCUUGGAUCACUGAAUCACUGCUACUCUCUUUUGCUCUUCCCAAGUGUCAGAAGAGGAGAAGGGGUCAUGCUGGAAUGUUGUGUUCAGAUUCAGAUUCAGAAAACUUUAUUUGAAUUUAAAGCGCAAGUGAGCAGCAUGACAUGUGUGUACAAGACACAACAACAAAAAACAAAAAUAGAACAAUGUAUUAACUACCCAAACUGUCCAUGGUGGAUGUAAACAUGACUGUAAGAGUAAAAGGAAUAAAGUGCAAACAGGAAUUACA